AUGUCGCAGUCAUUCUACUCGUCCUCAAUUCCAGAAAACCACAUCGCACGAUUAUUUACAGAACUCGAAGCACACGACAUUCCCUCAAAGCCAUCCUACGGCAUCGACUCCCCUCUCGGGCUGAUCGCCUCCAACGUCCUAUCCCCGCUCUACCUCUACGCAACCAUCAAAGGCAAAUUCCAAGUGUGGGAUGACCUCCUCGCCAGCCUCCCCAGGGAAACUUUCAGAGCACCAACCCUCGACCUCGGCUGCGGCAGAGGGAUGGUCCUAUUGCAGAUUGCCCAAAUCAAGAAACAACUCUACAAUUCAGACCCACCCGUCCACCCCGCCUACGGCAUCGAUCUAUUCGUCAAAGGCGAUCAGAGCGGAAACUCGCCACUGGCAACUUACAAGAACGCCGCUGCGCUGGGGGUCUGCGAACAGACGGUCCUGCAUUCGGGGAGUUUUGCCGAGUUGCCGUUUUCCGAUGGGGUGUUUUCGCUGGUGACGGCCAGUCUAUCAGUUCAUAAUGCGGAUAAAGCUACUAGGAAGAAGGCGAUAGGGGAGGCGGCGAGGGUGUUGAUGUCGGGGGGAUACUUGGUUGUGGUGGAUAUGGCGGGGUAUGUCGGUGAGUAUUUGAAUAUAGUCAAGGAGAUGGGCUGGACGGAUGUCUCGAGUGAGUUUGGGGGCAUGAGGAUUAUGUAUGGGGCGUGGCCUUGUCGGAUAUUGAGGGCCAGAAAGCCGUAA